AUGGCCGAAUCGGCCGAGGAGGAUGGCUUUGGAAGAAGCAACAAGACAGAACAUCUGGCAGAAAACUUUUACAUGAAGAUCACUGACGCCGAAAACAUUUCGGUCAAGGAGACAAGCAAGCUGUCUUCUUCAAAUGGACACAACACAAACAAUGGUGAGGUCGGCGUCAUAGGCAGAGAUUGUCAGGCUAGGAUUGGUGAAGAAGUUGAGUUGUCAGAGGAAGGGAAGAGCGACAUCCUCAACAGGCUGAUAUCGGGAGGAAACUCCGGUGUGAUCUGUAAAGUGAUGGACAACGGACUUUCCUGCACGGUCCGGUGGCACCGAAGGCCGAACGAGACGCACUAUCACGACACUGGGAAGCAGAGGAGGUUCGAGCUCCGCAGGCUGCGAAGGCAGACAACGACUAGGAACUACAUGAGCCAUGAAAGGUAUGAUUCACGGACGACCGGCGAUUCCAUCUGGUCGACGGGGGGGCCGAUGGAGUACACAAAUGGGCUGACUAGCCCCAGGAAGUCGUUGACUUCUUUCUUGGACGCCUUGAGUCCUCGGCAAUACACGGAAAGACCCUGGUAUAUGCUGAACAAGGCCACCAGCCCUCCCACCUCCAACUUCCCGACGGCGCGCGUGCUGGAGGCAAGGUCCGUCGAGCCGUCGAGGUUGAGCAGCUUGCAAGGGUCAGCAUGGGUGGAAGAUGAGAUGAUCGACGAUGAGAGGAUGCUGGAGCUGAUGAGCAACGAUCCUGUCCAACAGGUGGUGAGCGAGAUGGACCUGCACGACAACAUGCCAAUCUCCGAGGAGGAGAUGCUGAUGAAUUUCAAACGCGAUGAGCCCAGCCAAGUAGGUAUCGGGUGCUCGACUUCAUCGCAAUGGGGCAGCCAGCACUUCACGCAGGGUCAUCACAUUCCGCAACCAGCAUACUUCAAAGACACAGAGUUCGAUGAGGAGGAGAUGAUUCAGUUGAGCGACAUGCAACACAUACCAGCAGCCAAGAACAAGCCUAUGGACGAGGUCAUCGAGCGUCAGGCUCACACUUACGCGGCUAGGAGGAUGAUGAGCAGGUUCACUCCGCUCGAGUUCCGAGGAGAGACAGACUUCUCCAAGUUUCUCAACGACAGGGGUGGGAAGAAUCACCUGAGACAGCGAAAGAGAGACUCGAGCCAUGACGUCAGCAUCAACUUCUAUUGA